UCAACGACGAUAACAAAAAAUAUAUGGAUAGAAGUCGAUUGAUCUUUACUUAUCUUGCUGUACUCCUGCUCUUUAUAGUUAUAGGCUCUAAAGAAGUCGUUUCGAAAAAUGACAAAGUAUCGUCAAUUAUGACACCAGUCGUCAAAAGUGAUAUCGACACAUUGAAAAUGAAGUCUGACAGAUUCCGACGCAAAAGUCAUAAUACAUUUCGUGAUAUCGACGAUGAAGACGAAGACGAUAUUCGGCCGCCGAUAAAACGAGAAAAAAACAGCAGGGAACCAAAGAUAUGGGACCAAUGGGGCAAUUGGUCCACGUGCAGUGUCACUUGUGGGAUAGGAAAAAUUAUGAGAUGGAGGCACUGCAUAGGCGGACGUUGUUCCUUGGGAGAGAAGAAAGCUCAAUUGAAAACUUGCACCUCUGCAGCAUGUUAAGACAUUUUGCAUGCACAAUAUAACUUUAAAAAGUUAGCUAAAAUAAUUCGCCAUAUAUAGCUGAGAAUGAACUGAGAUUGUAACUAAUUUAUAUAAUCAGAACGCGAAUUGAAUAAACUCAAGAAACGACUAUCUAGUUUUACUCUAAAAUAUAUUUUAAAGAUAAGACUGAAAAAAAAUCAUCUUGAGUUAAACUUUUUCAGUUGAUUCCAAUAUUUCCCUUAACUACUUAUAGGAAAAUAAUUUUAUGUUACCAUUUAUAAUGAACCUGUCAGUGAAAACCUUGACAGUUCCCAGUAAACGCUAAAUUUAUGGUUACGUAACAUCCAUAUAAUUUCCUACUCCACUCCCUAAUGUAAUUCUCAUGUACAACAUGUGUUAUAUUACAUAUAUUACAUUUAUUGUUGAGUGAAAACACAUAAUACAUUGUUAUGUAACUGUUACUUAAUGUUUACUGGGUUACUUGCAACCUUUUCUAUUGCACAAAGAAAAAAGUAAACGGCUAUUUUGAAAAAAGUGUAUCACAGCGUGCAAAAAUGUAUGACUUAAUUUUGUUAGCGCGUUAUCAUUCGAGCCAAUGUAAUUUACACGAAAAAGAAUGUGAAAGUUCCAGAGAAGUUGCAGUGCAGACUCGUUAUUUCUACAGGGUAAACUUUAUCGUCCAAGUGAAUCAUAAUUUCGAUCAUGAUCACCGACCAAUCGCUGAGUAAGUCAAUUUAAAUCAGUAGUCCGUUAAUAUUUUCUCCUUCUUACAAAUUUGAAGUCAAAU